AUGGACGACACAGAUUCCGCGAGAAAUGCUGCGAGCAGAGCAGGCUCUGCAGAAGUGAAGGCCGAGUCACCAGGCGCGACCACUACCCCCGCCACUACCAAGAGCCAGCAGCAGCACCACCAACAACAAUCAGCGCCGCCAAAGAGAACCGUAUGCGAUCACUGUCGAAGGAGAAGAAUCCGUUGCGAUGGCAAGUUCCCUUGUGAGCAAUGCGUGCACGCUUCACUCACCUGCAAGCGCGAGCAUGUCCCUAAGAAAAGAGGACCGAAGCGUGGCCAUGGACGGGUCAUAAAUGAGUUACGCGCCCGGGAGUCGUCCCAAGGAAAGCAGCAACCAAAAGUCCAGAAACCUUUCAAUGCAGAAACUGCGCUCGAGAGUCCUACAGACGUCGACAUUGGGAUGAGCGGUAGCGACCUCGGCGAAGCGACAUCUCAACAUUCGUCCAACGCGUCCGCAGCAUCGACCCCUCCGAGCUUUUGGGCUGCCGUCACCUCGAACCCAGGACAUACCAAUGUGCCGGAGCCCAGAGGCAUCUUCUCGAGCGAUGAACUACGACCGAGGACGAGGAGCUAUUUCCACAUGAUCCCCCAGCUGGUCGAGCUGUACUACGAGCACAUUUACCCCAUCAUGCCUCUCAUCUACAUGCCGACCGUCCGCGAAACGAUCAACCGACCCAUGACGCCGAGCGAGAAGAACCUGAUUUACGCCCUUUGCGCCUUGACGUCGAUGCACAUGUCUGGUAAAAGCAUCGGCGCGCCUGGACCCACGUCUUGGGAAGUCGUCGGUCGCUUCUUCCUCGACGAGACCAUUUCGACGAGGCAGACGUACGACUUCCUCGAGGAUUUGUCCCUGUCCGCCGUGAUUUCGUCGUUUUACCUGAGCACAUCCUUCUUUGAAAUCAACCAAUCGCGCAAAUCGUGGUACUAUCUCCGGGAAGCGUUGACCAACGCACAGGACCUAGGACUCCAGGACGAUUCAACAUACUACGGGCUGAGUCGCGAGGAAACGCUAUGCCGACAGAGGGUCUUCUGGAUUCUCUUCGUAACGGAAAGGUCUUUUGCGAUUCUUCGCAACAAGCCAAUUACGUUCAAAAGAACACCGUCGCUACCAACAACACGGCAACCCUACGAAGGCCCCGAUAUUCAUGCCGGUUUUCUGCAGCUUGUUUCAUCCUACACUCCUCUGGACGAAUCGUUCGUGACGGCUUGGAAUGAGGGGUCUGAUCCCCGCGUCAGCGCAACAACGUUUUUGGCUUUGCAAAACCUUCUCUCCCUCCCUCCUGCAUUCCUUCGCCCACAUGGGCGAUCAUCACCACCAACCCAGCCUCAUGGGCAGCUAAUGGGUUCCUAUGGUUCAACGUCAGCCUCUAGAGAUGCUGGGGCACCAGAGCCGACAGACAUUCAAAAAGCCGAUUUGCUCAUCACACAACAAUGGCUUCGACUGAUCGUGUGGCAGUCGUCGAUGAGGCAAGGCCUUCUGAGCUGGACCAACCCGGCCGACUCAGGAGGUGGGGUAUCUUCGGGCAGCGGUGUCGGCGGUGGGAACAGCAUGUGUUUUUCGUUCCCUCUGACAGUUGCACGUGAUACGGCCUCGAUCUUAUCAAGCUUGCCUAGUAAAGCUGUCGAGGUUCACGGAAUGGGUAUCAUGGAGAAGAUCUUCGAAAUCGGAACCUGGUGCGUUAACGUCUUGGGGGCAUGCGAAAGUGUUGGCUUCUCAACCGCCAUGGACUUUACGUCAGGCGAUAUGGGUGUUCUGGGCAGCGGUCGAAAGGGGGCGAGUCUAGACCCUAUCGAGUUCUUUGUGCGUACACUGAGUGCGAGCGACAACUCCCGAAAACAGUUCGCAGAGAAGCUGCUCACCGCUGCCGGCGAGAACCCAGGAAGUAUGAGAACACAACUCAGCCCCGCCAUGUCUGGAAUGAGUUCAGCCGCCGCGGCGAUGAUUGCCGCAGGUCAGGCGCACCACAUGAUGGAGCAAGGCUGGGGACAAGUUGGACAACAAAGAGGGAGCGUUGUGGGCGAAGUCUUUGACGACAACGAAGAGAGCAAUGGCAACAACCAGCAGCAGCAGCAGCAGCAGCAGCAGCAACAACAACAACAACAACAACAACAACGGCUCGACCUCGGAAGCAACUCAAUGCACCAUCCUUCUACCAUACCAAGUAUGGGGUUGGGAAUCGACCUUGGGUCCGAUCGCUUGACGGGUGGUAUGGGUGGAGUCGACAUGGACGCAAGCAGUGUCGAUCUCAUGAGCCCAUUAGGCCUGACUCGAAGCAACACGUCCGAUAUGGCAGCGAUGGGCAUGCCCGUAUAUGAUACAGCCUGGAGCCCUAGCAGCGGUGGGACGGGGCCGCGCGAAUACCCAGAACAUAAUCCUGGACCUUACACCAAUCAACGUGAAGGGGCCCAAGGCUAUCCCGAUAUGGGGAACGGAAUAAUGAUGCAUGAUCGGAUGGCAACCGGUACCGGCGGUCCCGUGGGAGGCCCCGUUGGUGGGGAGAAUCCUGGUAUAGACCCGCGGCAGCAGCAGCAACAUCAAGGGGAUAAUGGCGGUUAUGACGGACGGAGACCGGAGGACAAGAACGGUGGAUACCCAAAUGGUGGCAGGGUCGGUUUAUGGCUAGGGACAUGA